ACUUUACCAAAAUAAAGACAAAACAUGACACUGGACUACAUAUCAAUCAAAUCAAAAUCAUGACUUCAAAUUAAGACUUGGCUGUGAUUGUCGCAAAGAGAUAAGGUUAACUCAGUCAGAAUCAAAAAUUCAAGGCUGAAGUGAUCAUCAAGAACCAGCUGAUUUACAAUGCGAUCUCAACAGAUAAAAAACAAUGUUACAACUUUGCUUCGACAGUAUCAUAAAUUUAACUAGAAAUAUAGAGAACCCUUUCCACGAAUAGGAAUCCAUUAGUAGUCCCAAGAAGUGAUCAUUCAAAUUAACCUGAAAAUUUUAAACCGUUUACCAAAAAAGCUAUGACCACUACUUUCUUCGCCCAUUACACCAAGUUGGAGAAGGCAAAUUUAAUCUUGAUUGCAGUGAUUAUUUGUUGAAGGAUAAGCAAUUUGAAAAAUUUGGUAUUUCUUACCCAAGCCGCUGAUCUGUUGAUUUGUCCGUUGUUAUUUGUUUUCAAGUGUCGGCUGUUUUCUAGCUCUUCUGCUAUGUUGGGCGUGAGAAAAGAUUCAAUGGGGCUUAACGGUUGAUUGAGUUCAAAUUUUGGCAACUUUUAAAACUGAGUAAAAUUAUUUGUGACACCUUAAAGCAACUACCUUUUUUUCAUUGGCAAAUGGUGAAAAAAUCGGGUAUAAACAAGUAAAAUAAACACACUCACCAAGUAAUGCUGCGACAAGAAGGAUUUCAAGGGAAAAAAACUCACUUAAAAAGCAGAUGAAGGUGCACAUAGUAAAAAGGAACAUCAAAUAACCUUGGAAAUUGUGAAAAUAACCAAAAUAAUAAUCAAGGUGGCAUUAUUAAAGACCAUUUACAAUAAAAGGGGUUCAAGCAAUUGACUUCAACUGACUGCCGAGCUUCAUUUUUAUCAAAGACUCAAAUCGCGACUUAAUAAGCCCAAUCAGUUGCAGCACUUCAAGUCAAUAACCAAGGGAAGCUUUGAAUAAAUGACAUUGAUUAUGUCCGAUUAUGAUUGCUGUAUUAACUUUUAGUACAAGGUGUGAACAGGUUAAUGUAAAGAAUAAUUAAUAUGAUAAUCAAUAAGAUGUUGUUCAUUGGGAGUUUACCGGUUCCAUCUGUUUUAAAUGAUUUACCCGCAAAAAAAACUCCUUUUUUGCACCUUUUUUCUCAUUGAAUAUUUAUUAUCAAGUUAAUCAUAUAAUAACUAGUUUCAUUAUAAUCAUGUUAAAUCACCAUUUUGGCUUAAUGUUUCAAAAUGAAUUUGAAUGCAUAUAAACUUGAAAUUAAUAUGUAAAAGAGCAAUGGACAAGUUGCAAAGAAGCAUUUUUGGUAAGGAAAGGAGAAAAUAUUUCCUUUUCAUUUUUCCAUUACAAUGAUAGUUGAUUAUUUUUCAUUCUGUUAGCAUCAUGUUGAUAUUAAUUUCCGGUUAUCACAAUUUAAUUCCUUCAUGAAAUAAUAAAGUAAGACAAAUUUUCUCGGCUCAAGUGGUAAAACAAGAUAUUAAUAGUAAACAGAUAAUAAUAAUGAGAAAAAUGUUGGCUGAAAAUUUUUUGCUCAAUGAAGUUCACACACAACCAGGAAUAACAAAGGAUGUUAUGGAGAGUCUGGAUAAUGAAUGAGUGAAAGAUGACUUGAAAUGGUCAUAGAGAAGAGCAACAAGAAAGGAAGAAGAUGAGGAUGAAAAGGGAAGAUGUUAGGUGGAGGUGGAGGAGGAGGUGAAGAGGUAAGAUAAGGCCAGGGACAACCUUGAACAAGAGGGUUCAUUUUUGGUAGGAGAUGAGAGUUUUUUGGUGUAAAUAAGAUGAAGGAAGAAAGGAAAGCAAAGGAGAGGGGAAAAGAGGGAAGAUUUAAGGUAGAAAGAGAAGGGAAGAGAAGAAAAAAAGAGAAAGAUAAACUUGAUUCUUCGGAUGAUAUUACCUGUUCAGUAACGGGGCGGUCUUUCGGGCCUAACUUUCGCUCUUUUACCCCAAGGUCCACCCUGUGGAAAGGUGAGGCGAAUUGGAUGAUAAGAAGAAACAUCUUUCUCUUGGAUCGCUAUUAAAACAUUACCUUUUCAAUCGAGAUGUUGUUAAUGUUUCAAAAUCUUUCAUAGCGACUUAGCACUAGUAAUAGACAAUCUCCUUUGUACCUUCAAGUGUGUGUGUUUCAAUGUUUCCUAUUGUUUUGUUUCACUAACAGUUUACAUCGAUUGGAAUCUACUUGAUAUUGGUUUAAUUUUGCUGUUUAAUACUUAAUUUUUGAUAUUAUCAAGUUGUUGCCACUUGUCUGUGUCCAUUUGUGGUCAAUUUGAUCAUUUUGAUUAUUCAAUGGAACCAAUUGGAUCAUAUUUUAUACAAUGUUUACAUUUUUUGGUUGCCAUCAUUUUUGUCAUUUUCAUUGUUUUACCAAAUAAUAUUGAUUCAACAUCUACUAAUGGUACCAUAAGGUCGGAAAGGCCGUCAUAUGCCCGUUUACUUUCUGGUCCACCUUUGAGCUGCACUUAUCAGGGAAGAAAGUAUCCUCAUGGUGAACAGGUUAUAACAAGUGAACCUUGCCUCAACUGUACAUGUAAACGCGGGGUUUUGCUUUGUUUCUUGAGAGUUUGUCCAUCACAGAUUCAUCUUCAUAUCGAUGAAAACUGUGAAACAAUUAGGGAACCUGGUCAAUGCUGCCCUACGGUUAGAUGUACUAGCCGCGCUGCCCCAGUAACCCUUACCACUGAUCCAACGGAACCAUGGCCGGAAGAUCGAGAAGAAUCAGGUGGAGAUCAUGAUUCACAAACAACACCCUUUUCAGCACCACAGGAAGUACCCAAUUCCUUGACUCCUGAGUUGAAUGCUGAAUUUGAUACAGCACUACGUACGAAACUGGCCAAAGGUAGCAAUAACAGGAUAGUUGUUUCACACAACAAUGAAACUACCAUUUUCCAGACCAAUCCAACAACAGUGUUUCACGAUUCACCCAAACUGGUCACAUCAAGUCCUGGACAUUAUUCAUACUCUAAAGACGACAUUGACAAUUUCCCAACCAUCUUGAACCGAAUCAAUCGAGAUUGUUAUUUAAAUUCAACAUUAUAUGCUGAAGGAUCGGCUGUCAUGUCCUCUUCGUACUGUGAAUAUUGCUACUGUAUAAGAGGUAAAAAGAUGUGUAUCCGUCCUCGUUGUCACCUUGCUAUCCUUGGCUGUAUACCUCGAUAUACAAGUGAAUAUGCGUGUUGUCCAACAAGCUACAUUUGUGGUAACUCACCCAAUCCAAGUAUAUCUUUAGAUGAGAGAACUCUUUCACCCUCUCAAGGAUUUACUUCACCAGUUAAGUCAAUGACUACUUUACCGUCAACAUUCACAUCUAAAACAACGACAACCACAACCACCACAACUACAACUACCACUACAACUACGACAACUCCGGGAACACCAACAAUGAGUAUGACAACAAGACCUUUGAUGGCCAGUACAUCAGGAUCUGAUUAUGCUUUCUCCCGUAAAGUUUGUCGAGUUAAUGGUGUAAUUUAUCAACUGGGUGAUCAUGUUCCAAAUGAUGUUGCCUGUCAAAAUUGCUAUUGUUCCUAUGGAGGUGUUAAACGAUGUAAGAAAAUCCAUUGUUCUCCGGUUAUGGAAGGAUGCGUUCCUAUUAUUCCAGAAGGACAUUGCUGUCCUGUUGAGUAUAAAUGUCACGGAGGUACUAAAGCCCGUGCGGAUACAUCCCUUGAGAAAGAGGUUCCGAUCCUUGAUGAAACAACUACAACUGAAAUGCCGAUGAAUAGCUCAGUCUCUCAAUCAUUGACUACAUUGUCCGACAUUGAUGUCUCUACUGAUCCUGUUGACUCGGAAUUGGUUGAAUCAACAAGUGCAGUCAGUGUUGAACUUAGAUCGGCCGAUUUAGUUAAAGAUACUCAUUUACCUGAAAUUGAAAACCACAAAGUACUUGAAUCAAUUGAUCGAUCAAUUGAAUCUGGCAAAGCAAUUGAAAAACCCAUUUCUUAUGCCCUACCUCACUCUAGCACAAACAAACCCAUUGAAGGGACAACUCAACCAAGCAAAAGUGACCUUUCAACACUCAAUUCUGGCAACAUUGAAGCAAGAAGUAGCAUUGAUUCUGAUUCAACUGAGUUAACCGAAGACGUAGAUGCUACCACGGUCCUUAGUGUGUCAACUACUGCCAACUCUACCACAAGCAAAGCACCAACGCCAGUUGCUAUUGAAUCAUCAACACUGUCAACCAAUUUACCAGCCAAAUUUUCACCCUCAACUACCCCAGUAUCAUCCACAACGACAAUAGCACCAACAACGGUGACUCCAUAUAAGAAGUCUUCAGAUUCUUGGUUGAGGUUUGAUGGUCAGAAUGAACCUGAUGGAGUCGAACUCUUUUUAGGUGGUAUUAUUGAGGCUUUGGAGCGUCGCAUACAAAACUCUUUACCUGCAGAGUCUAGAUUACCGAUGGAUAAAAAAGAGACAGAAAUGAAGGAGUUUAACAAAGCCAAUAAACUUGACGGUGAAACAAAUAAUGGUGGAAGUGAUCAUGUUGAUAAAUUACCUGAUUUUCACAAUUUAGCACAACCGUCAAUGAACCAUGGUGGUGUAACACUGAAUGAAAGUGAGUCUCAACUUAACGGAACCUUUAAUUCUGAUAAACCGGUUGUUGGCACAAUCAUGGUCAAGCCGGAAGCUGAUGAACACUUGAAGUAUAGUGGAAGUGUUUUUGAUACUUCUAAUGUUGAAAUAAUCACCGCAGCAACUCCGUUUCUUCAUGAUAUCAGCCAACCAGAUUCAAUAUUGGUCAAUUUAAGUUCAACCUCUUUCAAAGUUUCAACCGAUGAACUGAGAGAUGAAAAGUUAAACAAUAAUGGCUCUCAUAAACAGGGCAGUUUUGUCUUUGACACUACAAGCUCUGUGAACUUGACCAACCAAACUGAUUCCAAUCUUGUAAAACCUCUAACAAUGUAUAAUCUUGGAAAUGAUGAAUGGAAAGUAAUUAAUCACAACCAUCGACCAUUAAAGUCAGAUAUUGACACUUCUGAAUCGUUUGUCAGCAAGUAUCGAUCGGAAGAUAUGGACUUGUCUGAAGAUUUUGAUUUAUCAAAUAACUCAACAGAUGCUGAAAAGAAGUCUCGUUCAGAGACAGACUCUGAAGGAUCUGACCUAACAUCAUCCCUGCAUCCAGGCCCAGGUUACCCAAAUAAUGUAAAAUACAUUCCGUUUAGCUCUGGAGAUGUUUCAGCUAAUUUCCCUGUUUCUCAUAAUAAACCCAAUUCAAGUUUCACGAUUAGAUUACCACAAAACCGUAAACCUCAAAGUAAUCACCAGAAACAACCGCCCGUAAUGACUUCAUGCCGAAUUGGUGAUCAAGAUUACACCAAUGGAGCAAUGAUAGCCAAAGCAGAUCCUUGUGUUCGUUGCCGAUGCUUCUAUGGUCGCGAACUGUGCCAUCAACAAAAAUGUCCUCCACCUCCAAGACAUGGAUGUGAAUUGAAUUUUGUUGAAGGCUAUUGCUGUCCAAGAUAUAUUUGCAAAAUAUCUGAUGACACUAGCUCUAUCAACCCAGCAAUUGCUAUGAAUCCUGGUUUACAAACAUUCCACAAACCUGGAUCACAAUUUCAAUCUCCUCAACCAGUUCUUCCCAUGCAACCACCAAAAUUGGGUUAUAUUCCUUUAAGUGGCUCACCAAUGUCUGCUGAAUCUGAAAUUCACAAGGAAACUGUUGCUCCGCCACUUAAUCAUCUAAAUAAUCAAAGGCCUAACAACUAUGGUAAAGAAAAGAUGAAUGGAACUGGAGUCUCUUUGAUUCCUCCUGUUGAUUUACCGUUGAAAAAUAAUCGACCUAAGCAACAGCCACCUCAGCCUCAGCAAUCAACUAACAAACAGAUAGUUUCUAGUGGUUCCACCAUGAGUGAGAAUUCAGGCAAAAAUAGGAUUCAUUUCCCGGCAGGAAAACCAGAAUCGUCCGAAGAUAUCAACGGAAAUGUUAACAAAGAGCCAGUCGCUAUGUUACCCAAUCGCUUUCCCAAUCUAUUGCCUCACUUAUUUAAGCAAUCAACUGUUAACAAUGGUCCUCACACCAAUAUUAAUCAACAAGGAUCAAAUCAGAAGCGACCUCCGAUGAAUCACAAAAAGCCAUCUUGGCCUUCAAUGGGACCUCAAGUUAGACCGGGACCUCAACACAAACCUAUAUCUGAUGCGAAUAGAUUUGCUAUUCCAACAUCUCAACCCGAAUUUUCAAUCUCAACUACAUCAAUUGAUUUACUUAGAUUAACUAAACCAACCACCGAAAAAGACAUUGCACACUCACCAGCAACAGCAUUCAACAUUCCUUCAUCUUCAUCUCCAGCGCCAUCAUCAUUAUUACCCUUUUCACCUUCAUCUUCAACAUCAUCCGAUACAACAUCAUCUUUAGCUCCACAAAUACCACUCUCUUCAACUGUAAAACCUUCAUUACCAGUUAAUAAGCCAUUAACCGACAAUAAAUUUGAUGAAGCUAUUUCCGAUCCAUUCUUUGCUCAAGUUUUAAAUCAAACAUCAAAGCAGCCUGAUGUCAGCGAACCUGUUAAACCACUCGAUGAAAAAACGGAUUCACCAACAGGAAUGGCUCCAAGUCUGUGGGAUACUUUACGAGUUUCUGGUUGUAAUAUUUAUGGUACAUUUUACAAAGUUGAUCAAGUAAUUGACGAAUUAAGCUCAUCGUGUAAAAAAUGUUUCUGUUCAUCAUUUGGAGUCCAAUGUAACAAAGUUUGCUAAAUGAUCGAAAAAGUUGAUUGUAAUGUAAUUUUUAAAUAGCUAUCAUUUGUACUUGGAUAGAUCACAGCUGAAGACAAUUUGAUCUGAUGAAAUGUCAUUGUCUUAUCUCCCUUUACCUUUUUGCUAUGUAAAUAAUAAUUUAUCUCGAUAAACGCAAAAAUCAAUCUUAUACUUUCAUUACAGGGAUAAAAUUUGACUCAUUCAAGCUAUUUAUUAAAUAAUCAUCCUCAUUGCCAAACAAUUUUUUCAUUUAUAUUCUCAUUUUCUCUCUCCUAAAAUAUCAAACAUUGUAUUUAACUUCUGAACAUUAGCUAAUUUAUUAAAACCCGAUUAUUG